AUGAAAUUCUCUGCUGCUUCUGUCUCUGCUGCCGCCGCUUUAUUUGCUUCUGUUGCCUCUGCUAUGACUAACGAACAAGUUCAAGAAAUUAAUGCCAUCGUAGACGACAUUAAGUCUCAUCAAGCUGAAUAUAUCGCUUUGGAAAUGAAUCCUCCAGCAGGUUUCACUUUACCUCCUGCUUUAAUUCAAUUAUAUGCCCAAGUUUUAACUUAUACUGAUGAUUCUUACACUACUUUAUUCACUACUUUGGAUUUUAGUGCCAUCGAAAAUACUAUCACACACUUCUCUUGGUACUCUGAUAGAUUAUUACCAGCUUUAGAAUCUGUAAGAAAGGAAUACAGUGCCGAAUCUGCUUCUAUUUCUGCCUCUGCUUCUUCUGUUUCUUCUGCUUCUUCAUCUUCUGUUGCCUCCUCUUCCUCUUCUUCUGCUUCCUCCUCUUCCUCUCACUCUGCAGCUUCCUCCUCUUCCUCUUCUUCUUCUGCUUCCUCCUCUUCCUCUCGUUCUGCAGCUUCUUCCUCUUCCUCUCACUCUGCAGCUUCUUCCUCUCACUCUGCAGCUUCUUCCUCUUCCUCUCACCCUGCCAAUGGUGCUGAAAAGGUCUUUAUUGGUAUGGGUGCUGGUGUUGCUGCUGUCGCUGCUUUAUUAUUAUAA